AUGUCUGCUACUACCAACUCAGACGAUCAGCACGAUUCAAAACGACUAAAAACUUCCCCGACUAAGGAGACAUUCUGCAAUACCGAUAUUAUGGCGGCAGGCACUUCCUCCGCCCCAUCCAAUCCCCUGCGCGCGGUCUAUUCUGCCCCUCAGUCGACGCAGACUUUUGAGCACUCCAUCUCCUCGCCUUUGCCCUCCACCGAUUUAUCCCCAGAAAAUGUACAGACUAAGGUAGCUUAUUUGUCCGAGCUCAGGAAAUUAGUGCCGAAUCUGCAGAAUGAUAUCAACGUGUUCCUGACCGAACGGAUGGAGGAGGAUAAAAAGCUCGCCGAAGCCCAGGGACGUCAAAUCUCAGAGCAAGAACGCAAAGAGGAGGAGAACUACGGAGAGGAGGUUGUCGAGGAGGAUGCCUGA